AGUUUUGUGAUUACGAUAUGUUUCAGCACUUCUUCAGACAAAUUAAUGGUGGCUGGUGGUGUUUUCAUUUUCAACAGGAAAUUGUGAACAUUAUAACAUGUGCUACUACUCUUUUUAAACAUACUGAUUGAAGAAUGUUCGAGUUACAUAGCAGUAAGUUUGUGCAAUAAUGUGAAAUGUUAGGCUCGUAUUCGACUUGUUGAUACUUCCUUCCAUGUAGCAAAUGCUGAUUAACAGCAUUAUUGGAUACUGAAUAGGUUUGUACCUUAAAUUGGUCGUGGGACUGGCUGAGCUGGGCUUAGAUAAUACCUCUCUGCUCAUAUAGUUUUGCCCAAUGACCCAUUUUCUUAUCAAUAAUUUAAUAUACUACUAUUUUAAUUUUUUAAUUAUUUAUUUAUUUAUUUAUAAGAAAUCGAAUUGUUGGACAAUAGCCUAUGCUGUAUUUAGUUACCUUUUUAAACUGAUACAUAAGGUUUUAAAAUUUGUAUUGUCUCUUUUUUUGGCCUAUAUAUUUUUUAUAUUUGAAGCAAAUAAAAAAAAUAAAAAAAAAUGUCCAAAAUUAACUAGGGUAAAAGGAAUGUACAAAGUUCUAUUGGGUCCUAAGGAACGCUUCUGAAGUCCGACUUGGUAGCCCACAUAUAAUAGCCCAUGCAUGCAAAAAUUACGGUCAGGCCCUUUGGGCAGCCACAUUAUUGAAUGAUUUAGGACCAGGACCUCUCGAAGAGAACGGAAAAGGGAGGCCCACUUUUCACUGGACUCCAAAUAAAAAUGAAAUUGAGCGGGAAAAUAUUACUAAUUACUAGCAUUUUCAAUUUUUAUUUUAUUUUAAUUUUUCCUCCCGUUGAGAGCCAAAAUUAUUGUGUGAAUUCCGCACCCUAAAAUUACAAAAAGAAAAAGAAGCACAAAUAAUUUCUCACUCUUAACUACUACUCUGCAUCAUCUCAUCAAAUCCAUGGCGAGAACCAAACAUACCGCCCAAAAGAAAAGAAACCGCCGACAAACCUCCGAUGCGAGAGUAAAUCCUCCAACAUCUCCAGGUCCGAGUUCGACGCCUAGCAGAAGAAGUCCAAGGAAUGCUCCUCCAAGUUCAAGAGAGGCAAAAAGGAAGAGACGUAACAGGCCAGGAACUGUGUCUCUUCGUGAGAUUCGCAAGUUUCAGAAGACCUGGAAUCUUCUCAUCCCAGCUGCUCCUUUCAUUAGAACUGUUAAAGAGAUUAGCUACUUCUUUUCCCCUCAAGUCACUCAGUGGACAGCUGAAGCUUUGGUGGCACUUCAGGAGGCAGCAGAAGAUUUUUUGGUUCAUUUGUUUGAAGAUGCAAUGUUAUGUGCAAUUCAUGCAAAACGUGUUACACUUAUGAAAAAAGAUUGGGAGCUAGCCCGCCGGCUUGGAGGGAAAGGGCAACCUUGGUGAAAGCAGGACACCGGUUCAGUGAUUAUCAAUUUGGAAAUGGGACAUGCAAUUGUUUUUGAAAGCAAUUGCUUUCCCUGUUGUAAUUGACAUGAUAGGAAGUAGGAAGUAGGAAGUAGUCAAAUAAUUCAACUUUUUUUGAACGCUUGAAGGUCACGUAAAGAAGUUUGAACCCGAUGUGCUCAACUUAUUCACCAAGUGAGUUUGUAGUAUUGUUGCGAUAAGAUUCAAAUUUAUCUAACUGCAGAGAUCAUUUAUCUUGUACUUCAGGACGAAGUGUGUAAUUUGUUGGUAGAAAUUAGUGAAACAACAUAUGGAUUGUGUUGGCAUAUCUAAAAUACUA